AUGAGACCGCUCAACCAAGCUGUGGGUAAUGCUGGGACAACGAAUUACAAAUCAAAUCGACCGUUAGGAGGUGAGAAAUGUUUCAACUUUUCAUAUAAAGAACCGGAUGUUACCCAUUCUACACCACCUGUAGAACUAGCAAUACAAAGUUUAGGCGAUGGAAAACACAUCUUAGAGAAGGGGUAUGACGGCCAAGUGGACUACAUUUCGGAAUUCUAUCCCAAAAAUAAAGCUGAUAAACUUAUGCACAUGUUGCUGGGAACCCUAAAUUUCGAGGCUCCUUCAAGGAAACGUGGAGGAGAGACCAUUGAACAACCGCGGCUCUCCGUUUGGUACGGACCUAAAGAUACGCCUUACAGUUAUUCCUACGUCACUCUUCAAGCUCGUGAAUUCAGCUCCAAUAGCAUCAUGUAUAGGAUUAAAGCUGAUGUGGAGGAAAAAUUUGGGGUUACUUUUAACUCGUGUCUGGUUAAUUUGUACCGGGAUAAUAAAGACGGAGUUGGAUGGCAUGCUGACGAUGAGAAGUCUCUGGGAGACAACCCUACCAUAGCAUCUCUCAGUUUAGGGGAAACGAGGCGAUUUGAGUUUUGUCGGAAAGAUGAUAAGGAGCGGAAACCAGUUUACGGUUUCCACCUUGUUCAUGGUUCAGGAUUGUUGAUGAAGGGCGAUGUUCAAGAAAGAUGGCUACACACUGUUCCAAGAGAAUAUCACGACAGAAAACCUCGGUUGAACUUAACUUUUCGGACUAUCCAGGAGACCAAGUAA